CGCAAAGCCCAAGCAAUUUUUAUUUAAUUUGUGUGCACGUGUGUUGCAGUUUUUGGCGGCCAAAAGAAUCAAUGAAAAUCUGAAAAUCAAAAUGAAAUAUAUUCUUGUAACAGGCGGUGUUAUUAGUGGCGUAGGAAAAGGAGUAAUUUCCAGUUCUUUUGGUGCUAUACUGAAAUGUUGUGGUAUAGAAGUUACUUCGAUAAAAAUUGAUCCAUACAUCAACCUGGAUGCUGGAACAUUUUCACCUUAUGAACACGGGGAAGUAUAUGUGUUGGACGAUGGUGGAGAGGUUGAUUUGGAUCUAGGAAAUUAUGAGAGGUUCCUAGACAUCACAUUACACAAACAGAAUAACAUCACAACUGGAAAAAUUUAUCAACAGGUUAUUGAUAGAGAACGACACGGGGAUUAUCUUGGGAAAACAGUUCAAGUUGUACCCCAUAUAACUGAUGCUAUCCAAGAAUGGGUGGAAAAAGUGUCCAAAAAACCUGUAUCAGAAACUGGAAAAAUUCCUGAAGUAUGCAUUAUUGAAUUGGGGGGUAUAAUUGGUGAUAUAGAAAGUAUGGCCUUUGUGGAAGCUUUCAGGCAGUUUCAGUUCAGGGUGAAACGUGAAAAUUUCUGUGUGGCUCAUGUUUCUUUAGUUCCACAACCCAAAACUACAGGAGAACAUAAAACAAAGCCAACACAGUCUUCUGUUAGAGAGUUGAGAGGACUAGGAUUGUCCCCUGAUAUUAUUGUGUGCCGAUCAGAGCAGCCUAUAGGACAAAGUGUCAAAGAAAAAAUAUCAAAUUUUUGUCAUGUAGCACCACAACAGAUAAUUAGUGUACCUGAUUUACAUUCAGUCUAUGAAGUUCCAGUGUUCAUGGAGAACCAUGGCAUGGCUGAAUAUUUGAGUGAUAGACUCCACCUAGGUAUCACUCCAUUACCACCUAUGAGAAAAUACAUGAAGCCUUGGAUAGAAUUGGGAGAUAGGAUGCGCCAUCUCAAAUAUGAAGUGACGGUGGGCAUCGUGGGUAAAUACACCAGACUGGAAGACUCCUACACCUCCAUCACGAAGGCCUUGCACCAUGCGGGAAACAAAGUGGGGUUCAAGGUCAACAUCAAAUUCAUCGAGGCGUCCAAUUUGGAGCAAACCAUGCUGGUCGACGAUCCGGCCUCCUAUCACAGCUCCUGGCACAAUUUGUGUGUUUGUGAUUGCGUGGUGGUACCGGGUGGGUUCGGUAAACGCGGUGUGGAAGGUAAGGUCGAGGCGUGCAAAUGGUGCCGCAUCAACGACAAACCCUUCCUGGGCAUCUGUUUGGGCUUCCAGGCGGCCGUCAUCGAGUUCGGCAGGAGUGUGCUGAAGCUGGACGCGGCCAAUUCUACUGAGGUGUGCGAAGAGACUGCCCACCCUGUAGUGGUCGAUAUGCCCGAGCACAAUACUGGGGAAAUGGGGGGUACUAUGAGGCUGGGCAAACGUACGACGGUGUUCAAAGAUAGUGCCGUCAACAGUAAGAUAAAACGACUCUAUGGCAAUAAAGACACAAUUGAUGAAAGACACAGGCAUAGAUACGAAGUGAAUCCAGAAUAUAUUGAGCAGUACGAGAAAAACGGUUUACAUUUCGUAGGAGUGGAUGUGGAACAGAAAAGAAUGGAAAUUCUUGAACUGCAAAAUCAUCCGUACUAUGUGGCCGUCCAAUACCAUCCCGAAUAUCUCUCUAGGCCUAUGGAUCCUUCUCCGCCAUUUUUGGGCUUGAUUUUGGCGGCCAAAGAUCGGCUGAAAGCGUAUUUGACACGCGGAUGCAAAUUGUCGCCCAGGGAACCGCAGUCCGAUAGCUAUGAUUCAGAAGAGGAAUGCAAUGAAUUGACAGUGAAACUUCCUAAUGAUCAUGAUGAUAGCAGUAGUGCCUAUAGCAGUUCCAGUUUAGCAUAAUUGUUAGAAAUGACAUUGUUAUUCCAAUUUUCCAUUUAAUUAAGUUUAAAGAUACAAUUUAUUUCAGAUGACUAAUAGGUAGGUACAAUUUCGAAUCUUAGGUAGUGCAUAAAGCUGUUUAUUUUUUUUUCAUGACUUGUGAAUAUAGAUGAAUGAAUAAGGAGUUGGACGUACUGUCUAAUGAUUCGAUUUUGUGUUUUUAGAUACUGUGUGUGUUCCCGGUAUUGCUGACACAACUCUUGCAUAUCUUGUAAAUGGUAAAUAAAUUCUGGAUUCGAUAGAUAUUUACGUAACCA